AAAAAUCAACAAACACGAUCCCACACAAUCAGCAUUUUUAGUCUUUUCCUCUGUUACUUUACCCAAUUUUCUUCUCUUUGAUUCAACUUUUCUACAAUACAGGUUAGUAGGAUUGACCAUUCAUGCUGAUUGCCUUGUGUUUUGAACUUUUCAUAGAAUGAGCAACCAGGUGUGUUUCUCAGUCUCUUCUCAUCCUGUACUAUAAGAAUUGUGACAUUUUCUGCACCAGCACCAGCCAGAUCAGCAUAGAAAUAUGCAUGAAACAAAAUAUGUGGCGUUUGAUGGAAAUUCUUUCUCUCAUGGUUAUGGUUGCGUGUGUAAUUGUUCCUUCUCUUAGAUUUUCCAUAGCAGCUGAUUUCAUUCGUGUGUCCCAAUCCAUCAGUGAUGGAAAGACCUUAGUGUCCCAAGGUGGAAAAUUUGAACUUGGUUUCUUCAGCCCAGGUAAGUCCAACACACGUUACCUGGGUAUUUGGUUUAAAAAUAUUCCAAUUCAAACCGUUGUUUGGGUUGCAAACAGAGAAAAACCCAUCAAUGGUUCUUCAGGCAUGUUAACUUUAAACACUGCAGGCCACCUUGUGCUUAGCCAGAACGAAACUGUUGUUUGGAACACAACAUCCUUAAAACAAGCACAGAAUCCGGUGGCAGAGAUUUUGGACAGUGGAAAUCUUGUGGUUAGAAAUGAGGGAGAAGAAAAUUCAGAAGACUAUUUGUGGCAAAGCUUUGACUAUCCAUCAGAUACAUUAUUGCAAGGGAUGAAGUUAGGUUGGAACCUCAAACUUGGUCUAGAAUGGAGAUUAACAUCGUGGAAGAGUCUAGAUGAUCCAUCCCCAGGAGACUUAUCAUGGGGUAUGGAACUUAAUGAUUAUCCUGAGUUUUAUAUGACGAAGGGUACAAAGAAAAUAUUCAGACUUGGACCUUGGAAUGGCCAAACUUAUAGUGGACUAACAUAUGAUGAACCCAACCCCAUCUUUGGAUUUACGUAUGUAAGCAACAAGGAUGAGAUUUUCUACACAUAUAACCUUUUGAAUAACUCUUCAAUCUCCAGAAUUGUUUUAAACCAAACCACUAAUAAGUAUUAUAUCUAUGUAUGGGGGGAAGGAGAACAAAAUUGGAAGAUAUAUAAUUCCCUCCCAGCAGACACUUGUGACACUUAUGGCCUUUGUGGAGCCUAUGCAAACUGCAUAAUUACACAACUACAGGUGUGCCAAUGUUUACAAGGGUUCAGUCCAAAGUCACCACAAGCAUGGAACUCAUCGGAUUGGAGUCAAGGAUGUGUUCGCAAUACACCAUUAAGCUGCAAAGACGCAAAAAAUGAUGGAUUUGUCAAAUUUGUAGCCCUAAAAGUUCCAGAAACCACACAUACUUGGUUGGAUGGUAGUGUUGGUUUAGAGGAAUGCAGAGUCAAGUGCUUGAAUAAUUGUUCUUGUAUGGCUUAUGCUAAUUCAGAUGUAAAAGAAGGUAGUGGCUGUGUGGUGUGGUUUGGUGAUCUGAUUGACGUCAAACAGUAUCAAUCUGGUGGGCAAGAUCUAUAUAUCCGGAUGCCUGCUUCAGAGUUAGAAUCCAAGAGCAAAAAGCAAAUCGGAAUUAUAGUUGGUACCACCAUUGCUGCAGUUUGUGGAAUCCUUUUACUGUGUACUUGCUUGAUUUAUAGAAUCCGGAGGAACAAUUCUGAGCAUUUAUUGAUAGAAGAUAACAAUGAAAGACCCGAAAAUGAUCUGGAUAUCCCGUUGUUUGAUCUUCCAACAAUUGCUACUGCCACUAAUCACUUCUCCAUAAAAAAUAAGAUUGGAGAAGGUGGUUUCGGACCAGUAUACAGGGGAUUAUUAGUGAAUGGGCAAGAAAUUGCUGUAAAGACUCUAUCAAUUAGCUCAAGACAAGGAUUGACAGAGUUUCUAAAUGAAGUGAAAUUAAUUGUAAAACUUCAGCAUCGAAAUCUUGUAAAACUUCUUGGUUGUUGCAUUCAAGGACAAGAGAAAAUGCUAAUUUAUGAGUACAUGAAGAAUGGCAGCCUCGACUCUUUCAUAUUUGAUGACACCAAAGGUAAGUUGCUAAGUUGGCCACAACGCUUCCACAUAAUUUGUGGAAUUGCUAGGGGAAUCACAUAUCUUCACCAAGACUCUCGAUUAAGGAUUAUCCAUAGAGAUCUCAAAACAAGUAAUGUUUUACUUGAUGAAAAUUUGAAUCCAAAAAUAUCAGAUUUUGGAAUGGCUAAAAUAUUUGGAGGAGACGAGACUCAAGGAAAUACAAAUAGAAUAGUCGGAACAUACGGAUAUAUGGCACCAGAAUAUGCUGUUGACGGAUUGUUUUCAGUGAAAUCUGAUGUAUUUAGUUUUGGCAUUUUAUUGCUGGAGGUUAUAUGUGGCAGUAGAAAUAGAGCGUAUUAUCAUACAGAAGGCACUCUUAAUCUAGUUGGUCAGGCAUGGAAAAUGUGGAAAGAGAACAGAGCUAUAGAGUUGAUUGACCAAAACAUAGGGGACUCGUACAUUGUAUCAGAAGUACUGCGUUGCAUUCAUGUUAGUCUGUUAUGCGUGCAACAACACCCAGAUGAUAGGCCUACCAUGCACUCUGUGAUUCUCGUGUUGGGGAGUGAGAUGGAAUUGGUUGAGCCUAAAGAACCUGGUUUCAUUUAAAAAAAUAUUUCAACUGAAGAAGAUUUACAAACAAAUCAAAAAGAUAAGAGUUCAACCAAUGAAAUGACCAUUUCCUUAAUAAAUCCACGAUAAAAAUCGUGUAAUAAAACAUUGGGUAAUGAUAUUUGAAUACCAAACCAUUUCAAACAAUUCAUUUAAAUUCACAUUUCUUUUUAUUUAUCUUUUCUAUUACAUCAUGUACCAAUUAAUCUAUCACUUUUUUCUUUAAUAUUUUUUUCUUCUCUUUCUAGGUGUAGUUUAGCAUUUUAGGUGUCCAUUUUUUCCCCUAAAACAUUGUAUUAUGUCUUAUCUGGCAUGCUGUUAUUCCCAUCUUGGAAGAGGAGCUUGGUUGCAUAGUUGUACAAAGAACUUCUCUUAUUUCAAAAUAUAUUUGCUAUAUAGUUUUAUAAUGUAUUGCUAUAUGUUACU